GAUUCAGCCUCUAUUAAUUUGUAUGAAAAUACAUUAAAUGAUUAGGUCCGGUUAGCUACGCUGCUCUUGCUGUGUUUUGUCCCUCAAAUGGGGUUUCUUCAAUUCGACUCACUAAUGGUCUACUACAUACACCACUUUUUGUAUCUAUCUCCAUCUACGUAUAUUUGAGAUUUAUUUAUGUAUUUACAAACAACUACAUAUUAAUUGAAAAAAGCGAGUGCAGUGGCAUCGUAUACGGCGCCAAUAUACGUACAUAUAUAUACAUAUAUCUGCAGAGGAGAGUGUGUGCAGCUUGCCACCUGUGCAUGCUCCAUCUUUCCCCUUCUUCGUCUGCAUUUACUCUCUCUCUCUCUCUAGAUCUGCGUUAUACACUGCGAGAUUCAAUUCAUUUCUCAUUUCCCCCCUGUGCAUUGGAACUAAUCAAUUGGAUUUGGGGAUUUUGGUGAAGCCGGAAAAUUAAAAAUGAAGGCGGCUCAAAACAAUCCAGAAAAAUUCAUUUGGGAGUCGGUGAGGGUUCCCGCCGGAGGCGCGGCGUCGCAGGGCAAAAUCCUGCCGAAGAUGAUGGUGUGGCUGAUCCUGUUCGUCUCCGCCACCUACGUCGUCUACACAUUGAAGCUCGUUUCGUCUUCCCACGGCGGCGGGGCAGGCGGCGCCGCCGCCUGCUCCGACGAGGCUGACGUGUUCUCCCGCCGCCACAAAACCCUCCACCUCGCCGCCUCGAACGCGAACGCGAGCGCCACGAUGAUUCCGCCGCCCCCGCCGCCGGUGAAGACGGGGCUGGAGCACAUAGUGUUCGGCAUUGCAGCGUCGGCGAAGCUGUGGGAGCAGCGGAAGGAGUACAUCAAGCUGUGGUGGCGGCCGGAGAGGGGAAUGCGGGGGAUCGUGUGGCUGGACAGUCCCGUGAAGACCCGCCGCAACGAGAGCGGGCGGCUGCCGGAGCUGAGGAUCUCCGGCGACACUGCGCGGUUCGCGUACAGGAACAAGCAGGGCCACCGCUCCGCCAUCCGGAUUUCGAGGAUUGUGUCGGAGACGCUGCGGCUGGGGGCGGCGGCGGCGGGGAACGUGCGGUGGUUCGUGAUGGGCGACGACGACACCGUUUUCGUGAGGGAUAAUCUGGUGAGGAUCUUGAACAAGUACGACCACAACCAGUACUACUACAUUGGGAGCUUGAGCGAGAGCCAUUUGCAGAACAUUUACUUCUCCUAUGGUAUGGCCUACGGCGGCGGCGGCUUCGCCAUCAGCUACCCCUUGGCGGUGGCGCUCGAGAAGAUGCAGGACCGCUGCAUUCAGCGCUACCCCGGAUUGUACGGCUCCGACGAUCGAAUGCAGGCUUGUAUGGCCGAACUCGGGGUCCCACUCACCAAGGAACUCGGUUUUCACCAGUAUGAUGUUUAUGGCAACCUAUUUGGGCUUCUUGCUGCACACCCGGUGACGCCGUUGGUGUCUUUGCACCAUCUAGACGUGGUGGAGCCGAUAUUCCCAAACGCCACGCGUAUAGAAGCUUUGAAACGGCUGAAAAUCCCAAUGCAGCUCGACUCGGCUGGCCUUAUGCAGCAAUCCAUUUGCUACGAGAAGAAGAAGGGUUGGACAGUAUCGGUGUCUUGGGGCUUUGCUAUUCAGGUGUUCCGUGGGGUGCUCUCGCCUAGGGAGAUAGAGAUGCCCUCCAGGACCUUUCUGAAUUGGUACAGGCGAGCUGAUUACACGGCCUAUGCGUUCAACACGCGCCCGGUGAUGAGGAACCCGUGCCAGAAGCCGUUUGUGUUCUAUUUCUCGAGGGCCAGAAUGGAGCUGAGCACAAACCAGACACUGACCCGGUACACACGACACCAUGUCCCUCAGCCAGAAUGCCGAUGGAAGAUGACUAGUCCGGAAGAAAUUGAGACGAUUGAAGUUUACAAGAAGCCCGAUCCACAUUUGUGGGACAGGUCUCCAAGAAGAAACUGUUGCAGGGUGUCGAGCUCGAAGGAGAAGAGGUUGGUGAUCGACGUGGGCGUUUGCAAGGAAGAAGAAGUUAGUGAAGUAUAACGAUGGAUGGUAUCAUCAUGUAUCUUAGCUUUUCCCUCUCAUAUUUCUUGAUUUGUUCGAUUCAGCCUUCAAUUUCUUGGAUUUAGGGAAGAAGAAAAGAAGUACAAAAAAAAAAGAAAAAGAUUCAUGUAGUGUUGUUAAAGUAUAUGUUUCUUAGUGAGGCUGUAUUGAACCAGUUGAGUAAAUAGCAGCCCAAAUUUUUGAUCUCUUUUCAGCUAUUCAUAAAUCGUGUUGAGAAAUCAA